AUGGCUUCCACCAGCGUGGGCGUGAGCGCUGCGGGAUCUGCAAAUGAAAUGCCCGAGAUCCCCGACAAUGUGGGCGAUUGGCUUCGGGGCAUCUACCACUUCGCCACCAAUAGGAAUGAUUUACGGAGGAACUUGAUCCUCAACUUGGGACUUUUUGUAGCAGGCGUUUGGCUGGCCAGGAACUUGAGCGACACUGAUCUAAUGGCACCCCAGCCAGGGGUGUAG